UGUCUUAACUUGUUACAAAAAACCAAACAUGAUGUUUUAAUUACAUUUAAUGAUCAAUACCUACUAUUCAACUAUUAUAACCAAAUCUCAAAGAAACUUUUUUAAAUUUGUUCAGAAUUUCAGAACGUAUCACUGUGCUCUUUUUUUUUAUGAUUUUCCUUCUUAUUAUUUAUGUUACUUGUUGCUGACUUCUCAUCAACGAUCAACCAUUUAUCAUUAUCUGUGUCUCUUGGAUAUCUUAAAUGGUUCUUAUGUACUGCUCUAUUUCAACCACUCAGGAACCAGUUUAUUGUCAACGACAAUCAAAAUGGUUUGUCGGUACCAGAAUUAGCUUAUUAAUAGUUAAUAGCAAAAUAUAUAUUAUGCAAUAGGAAUACAACAAAUGCCCACUGGCAGCGAGACCCUGAUAAAUCAACUAAUACCAAAUCGCCGUCUUCAAACUCGUAAUCUGUACAUUAACUUGUUACCGCGUUAUUGUACGAAAAAUAAAUACGAGUUGCAGAACCCGAGAAAAUACUCGUGACGUCGUUUGUGGCAGGACGAGUGGCACUAAAAUGAGCGAUCUUCCGGGCAGUUCGAAGACGCGUGAAGACGAUAAACCGUUCGCAUGCAACGUUUGCAACAUGUCAUUCACUCUAAGUAGCCAUCUGAUUAAGCACCGGCAAACACACACAGUCGUGGAGCCGUACCCAUGUGAUAUUUGUGACAAGUCGUUCGCUGAUAACAGUCAGUUGAUGAAGCACCGAAGGAACCACAUGGUAGAGAAACCGCACUCGUGUGAUUUUUGUGACAUGUCUUUCGCUCAAAUCAGCCAUCUGAACAAGCACCGGCGGUCACACAUGGGUGAUAAACCGUUCCCGUGUGACAUGUGUGACAAAGCGUUCGCUGAUAACAGCCAUCUAACAAGACACAGGCGGACUCACACGGGUGAAAAACCUUACCCUUGCGGCGUGUGUGACAAAUCGUUUGCUGAUAGUGAUGGUCUAACGAAGCACUGGCGGUGGCACACGGGCGAAAGACCGUACCCUUGCAACAUGUGUGAAAAGUCAUACGCUGAUAGCAGUAGCCUGACGAAGCACCGGCGGUCGCACACCGGCGAGAAGCCGUACUCGUGUGAUGUUUGCGACAAGUCCUAUUCUCAAAGCAGUCAUCUGACGAAGCACCGACGGACACACAUAACCGAUAAACCGUUUCCGUGUGAUGUGUGCUUUAAAUCGUUCACUGAUAACGAUUUUCUUACAAAACACCGGCGGACACACACUGGCGAAAAACCAUACCCGUGCGAUGAGUGUGAAAUGUCGUUCGCUCAAAGCAGCAAUCUUACGAAGCACCGGCGGACGCAUACUGGCGAAAGACCGUACCCGUGUGACAUCUGCGAUCAGUCGUUCGCUGUUAGCGCCAGCCUGACUAAGCACCGGCGGACGCACACUGGUGAAAAACCGUACCCGUGUGAGGUGUGUGACAAAUCGUUCGCUGAUAGUGGUAGUCUGACAAAGCAUCGGAGGACGCACACGGGUGAAAAACCUUAUUUAUGCGACGUAUGCAAUAAGUCGUUCGCUAUUAACGGUAAUCUGACGAAGCACCGCCGGAUACACACGGGCGAGAAACCUUACUUAUGCGAUGUAUGCGAAAAGUCGUUUGCCGAUAGCAGUGGUCUGACGAAGCACAAGCGGACGCACACGGGUGAGAAACCAUACUCGUGCGAGGUUUGCGAAAAGUCUUUCAGUGAUAGCGGUACCCUGAAAAAGCACCGACGAAUAAAGCACACACAACCGGAGCAGCCAAACAUUUCAAAAAAUGCCACGAUCCUGUCCGACGCAUGAUUGAGUCAACAAUUAUACUUUCGAUGUUAUAAUACUAAUAUACCAUAGUUAUAUUUAUUCGAUAGUAGCAUGACUGGUGGAUACAAGAGGGGAGGAUAGGGUGAUUCCAAGAAAUUAAUAGAUUUUAUGAUUUUUAUGAUUUUAUGUUCUAGUUUUUAAAAAUGUAAUUAUAUAAUAUUAUAAUGAAGAUUAAGAGCUGUUAUGGUAGAAUACGUACUGCUAAACUAGAUAUUAAUGAUGAAUACGUUUUAAUAAGAGAUAACUCGAUGUAUAAGAGGUCAAAAGUUAUAAUUUUUAAUAAGUUCAUUAAAACCUUGUAUGUUCACAGUAAAAAUAAAUUAUGAUUGCCAUUUAUAACAAGUCCUAUUUAAAUUUAAAAGAAAAAUUAUAAUCAUGUUGAAAAAUAAUUUUAAGUUCUAAAAGAAAUAAUUUAAUUAAUUUAUAGAAUAUUUUACAAAUAAAUCAGUUGUAACACCGAAAAACAAAAAUCUUCAACAACAAUUAUUUGUUUUAGAUUAAUGCAGUGUUGGGUAAAUUACUUUUAAAAACUAAUGAAAUUACAUCACUCAUUACUUCAAAUAUUUUUAUUUAAAUUACAAUUGCGUAACCUAAAAUAAUUUUUAUCACUUUAUAUUAUUUUUCAUUAAUAAAGUAUAGUGCGUUACAAAUAACAUUACUUUUUUUAUCAUUGUAAACAGUUAAUUUUUUUUUUACCUAAUCAAAUCAAUUUCAUUCAAUUAUUAUGUAUAUAUUUGGCAAUCAUAGACCUAGUCAUAAUAGACUUAUUAUGUACAAAUGUACAAUCAGUAAGUCAUUAAUCAUAAUUAAAUUUUAUUUUUAAACCGAACUCUUUUCUUUCUGCUAAUUAAGUGAUAACUUUUAUUCCUGGAUUGUUUAAUAAUAUUCUUAAGAGGAUGUUAGCGCAUUAUUUGUUUUUACUCUCUAGCCUACACGCAACAUAGACAAAACGCAUUUAAGCAGAAUCAUUUUUUCUAUGUUUUAAAGUAAUCUUAGAGUAAAAUCCCCCAUCACAAAAAAGAUAGAAAAUAAUAUUUUUUAGGAAAUGUCAUCGAUUUGUCUAAAUAUUGUCUCAAAACAAUUUAAACAUUAUUUAAAUGUACACAAUUUUUUUGUUUAUUUUUAAAGUCGAAUACAAAGUCAAAUAACAAUAAAAUAUAAAAUCGAUAUGUCAAUCCCUCAAAAAUAUUAUUAUCUAUCUUUUUUGUAAUGGGUGAUAUUACUCUAAGAUUACUUAAAAGCAUAGAUAAAAUGAUUCUGCGUUAAUGCGUUUUGUCUAUGCUGUGUGUGGACCAGAGAGAGAAAAUAAAUAGUGCGCUGAUAACCUCUUAACUAUUAUCAGAAUCGAAAAUAAAUAUUAUAAUUGAUUUAUAAUUUUUCUGAAAUAUCCUAACGGCUUGCUUUGUAAUACAUUCAAAACUAUAAUUUUAAUAAUGUGGAAAAUAACGCGUUAGUUCAUAGAAAUUAAUUUAAAAAAAAAUAAUUUUGUUACUACUGCGUUGCUGAAAAAGUAAUUGCGUUACAAUGAUUUUUUAAUUUGCGUUACGUUACUACCUAACACUGUAAUAAUGCUCCCCUAUAAAAUGUAGUGCUUGUGACAUAAUAAACUACUUUUGGCCUCUUAAGCCGGAUCCCACUACACAGUGUCGUGGGAUUUCGUACUUUUAUGUUUAUACCAAAAUGCAAUGAUAUGAAUAUUGUACCUGAUGAUAACAUAAUAAAAUUGUACUUUAGUUAUCACUUUUCCGCACAUAAAUGUAACCACACGGUCGAAAGUUGAAUAUAUUCAACUAUGCGGUAUCGUUUGUUAACUGUGAUUAUUUUACACGUCACGGUGUAAUGUGAACCCGGCUUUCGCCAUCGAUGUAUUAUUAAGAGUUAUGGUAGUAUAGGUACUCUGGUACUUUACUACUAUUAUACAUUUAUAUUGUGAAUUAAUAGAUAAAUGUAUUAUUAACAAAGUUAUACAUUUUGAUGAAUUAACUAAGCCUUGUAAAAAUAUUGAUGAACAAUGUAGAUACAUUAGGCAUAUUAUACUUGAACAUCCAUAAUUUAUUAUUAUUAUAAUAAUAAAAACUAAAAUAAUAGUUUCUAUUUUUUCUUUAUUAUUUAAAAUUGUAUAUUAUAUAUAUUAUUAACAAAUAACAGAUACUUUCAAGCUCUUAAUAUAUUUUAUUAAAAAACUUCAUAAUUUAAAUUUAAAAAAAGCUGGUUAGUGGAUGUCGCACUGCUGUACAGUAGGUUACAAGGGGUCAAUGUAUAAUGGAUUGGAUUGUAUUAAACUUUUAUAAUAUCAUUGUAUAAGAAAGACGAUUCUGAGCAGAGACUGUCAGUCUGGAUAUUUUAUAUUGUUAUUUGUUGUUAUUAUAAUAGUAAGCUGUAGCUUGUAAGUUGAAUUAAUAUUAUAAUAUCAUAAUUUUUUUUUAGUUUCUAUGGUGAUAUACAAAGCGUUAGAAAUUAAAAUCCUGUUUUUGCCGGUUUUUUGUAAUUUGUUGGUGGUUUUUCCACAUUAAAUAACUAUUGAUAAAAUCAAAAAAUUACCUCUGUAAAGUACCAUCUUGAUCCAAUUUGCUAAAAUAUAAGAUACUAUAUUAUGUUGAAAUGUGAAGACAUUUUGUAUACAGAAUAAAAUAAUAAAUAAAAAAUAAAAAUAAUAAAGACCAUUGUAAAACCACUAGCGAGGGGAGUCGCUCUGAUCAGAAUCUAAAAUAUACCUACAUAA